ACGCCGCGUGCUGCAGUGACGCCAGAGAACGCUGGCGGUGGGCGGGACUCGCGUGGGCGGCCCAUGGAGUGAAAUAUUAAACCACCGCGCGAGGAGAGCAAAGGGAAAGGGAGGAGGAGGAGGAGGAAAAAAAAAAAGAGAGAGAAAAAAAAAACGAGUGUCACAGAGUAGGAAACAACUGAGAAAAAGAAGCAAGCAGACAGUGAGCUGCGUGCUGUAUUACUGGAAGAACGGACGCGGUUUGGAUUCCUUCAAUAUGCACGCUGGGAUAGCAGAAAACAGUGGACAACAUUUCUCCAGACUGUCCUGCUAAACUGAAAAGUAACUCCCCUUCACCACCACUCCAACUCCAAAACAGAAACACCAUUUUACUUUUUUUUUUUUUUUUUUCAAAACACCCAUCGCAGUACCGCUUCUGUACCGAAGGAGGGAGAGGGGAGAGCAAGCGAGCCACACUGAGAGGAGUGACUGAAAGAAAGAGAGAGAAGAGAAGGAGGGGGGAAAAGUUUCCAGCGGCACUCUCUGUGUACUCGCACACACACACAGAGAAAGGAAAAGCAGAGGAUAAAAAACAGCGAAGAAGAAAGAGAGGGACUCGAUUUCCCCCCACAAUCACAGCGUCAUGAAAACCCCCGGCGAAACAGCUGGGCUUGCCUUCCCAGACUGGGCGUACAAGCCGGAGUCGAGCCCGGGCUCGCGACAGAUCCAGCUGUGGCACUUCAUCCUGGAGCUGCUGCGCAAGGAGGAGUGCCACGACAUCAUCGCGUGGCAGGGGGACUACGGCGAGUUCGUCAUCAAGGACCCGGACGAGGUGGCGCGGCUCUGGGGAGCCAGGAAGUGCAAACCCCAGAUGAACUACGACAAGCUCAGCCGGGCGCUCAGGUAUUACUACAACAAGCGUAUUCUUCACAAGACUAAAGGAAAGCGAUUCACCUACAAGUUCAACUUCAAUAAGCUGGUCCUGGUUAACUACCCCUUCAUUGACAUGGGGCCUGGAGGCGGGGUCCCCCAAAGCGCCCCUCCAGUCCCCACAGGAGGUCCCCACUUCCGGUUCCCGUCCACCCCCUCGGACGUGCUCUCCCCGAACGAGGACCUGCGCAGCCCCAACCUGUUCUCCGCCGUGGCGAGGCGCAUGGCACGGGGAUCCGUGAGCGACUGCAGCGACGGCACCUCCGUCAACUCAGAGAUCGAGGAGGGGAUCGGAGGGGGAGGGGGAGGCGGAGGGGGAGCCAACUCCGAAGACAGGGGCGGGGUCCCCAGAGACCUGCCAGUGCCCGGCGGGUUCCGCGGACUCCCCCCUUCCCUCCACCCGCGGCUGUCCCACGACUCCCUCUUCAGGGUCUACCCCCACGGCCGGCCGCACAGGGUGGACCCCCUCAGCCCCUUCCCCGUGUCCCCCCUCCCGGGCCCCGGAGGGUCAAUGAUGGGCCCCCAGCUGUCCCCGGCCCUGCCCAUGACCCCCGGCCACCUGAACUACACCCCGUCCCCCACACUCAGCCCCAUGUACAGCAGCCACUUCUCCUUCAACAGCGAGGAUAUGAAGCGGUACCUGCAAGCUCACACGCAGAGCGUCUACAACUACCACCUCUCCCCCAGGGCGUUCAUGCACUACCCCAACAUCAUAGUGCCCCAGCCCCAGAGGCUGGACAAGGGGCAUCCUCUGCACGCUAGCCUGCACAGCAACCACUCCUCAUCCUCCUCCUCUUCCUCCUCCCAGCACCCUCUACCACCCCCGCCCUCCGCUCACCACCUGCAGCACCACCCAGCCCCCCAGCAGCAGCAGCAGCAGCAGCCCUCGGGAGAGGAUCACUUGUCCUCCUUCAAGUUCAAGCUCCAGCCUCCUCCGCUGGGUAAGAAGCACAGGGAGCGGGUUAUGAACGGUACCAGCACCGCGCAUAGCGGGGUUCCCUCCUCCUCUUUCGGCUCCUCGGCUUCCGGUACCCCGAAUUCGUCCUCCGCAGGGGGUAACGCCCCUUCCUCCUCCUCCUCCUCCUCCUCCUCCUCCUCCUCCUCCUCAAAUGCCUCCGGUUGUCAUUCUUCUGCCGUUCCGGGGGUCCCCCAGAUCAAAGUGGAGCCCAUCUCCGAGUCUGAGUCGGAGGAGGUGGAGGUGGAGGGUAUCAGCGAGGACGAGAGCUUCUCCAGAGAGGGGGAGGAAGAGGAUUUCGGGGACGAAGAGGACUAUCUGGACGAGGAUGUCUUCAAGACCCCCGCGGCCCCCUCCCCCCACACCCCUGGCGGCUUGCUGGACGGCUACCAGUUCACGGCCCAUCACAGCCCCCACCCCCACCAACACUACCAUCAAACCCACAGCCGACACCUGCAGCAGUACCAGCAGCCAGCAGGAGCCAGCAGCCGGAGAGGGGCUGCCUCUGUCCUGGCCUCCCCCUUGGCUUCAUCGCGGACCGGGAACCACACUCCCUCCUCCUCCUCCUCCGCUGGUUUCCCAGUCUCCCCCAAACCGGAGCCCCUGGAUUUGGAAUCGCAGCCGGGAUUUGGGAACGGGAGCGCGGGAGGGGAGAGGAGCGGCGGGAACGCCAGCGUUCCUUCCAGCCCGGGAUUCGGAGUGGGGACGGGAGGAGGGGUCGGUGGGAGCAGCAGCAAGUGCAUCCCCCUCAAACUGCGCUUCAAGAGACGCUGGAGCGAGGACCAGAGGAUGGAGGCGAGCUCCGAGGAGUCCGACGACAAGAAAGUGAGGGGCGAGGAGCAGAAGCAGGAGACGCCUCGGGGAGAGGAGGAAAGGGGAAAGGGGGAGCGAGGGGGGAGCAGCAGCAGCAGCAGCGCUGGGAAAGUGACGAUGACGCCGCUGGCGAUGAUGGAUCACGAAGAGGAAGGCAGCAGGGAUGCAGAAAGCAGGAGCAGAGAGGAGAAGGGGAAGAUUGAAAUCUACAAUAAUAACAGCAGCAGCAGCAGCCCUGACCCAGCGGAGAACAGUGUGGCCACGCGCAGAGUGAGUACCGAGCUGCACAGAGCCACAGCACAGCUCUCUCUGGAGAACAAGGAGUGCUGAUCCAGGCAGGCAGACAGCCUGCGACCCCCCCCCCCUGUGUCAUCUGUGCAGGCGUGUGCGCUGGUGUUGACUCCUGUGUUCUCUUCAUCAAUGUUGUACAGCUCCAGUUUAGUCACACAGUCAUCGUCAUCCUCCUACCCCAGGUUUUGGUUUGAGACUCAAGUAUAUAUAUUUCAUAUUUUUGCCAUUUGGUUUCCAGUGCACGGGCUGCAGUUUUAAAACCUGCCCUGGAUUUUGUGGAUUGAGGGGAUCUGUCAAAACUUUAUGGACACACACACACACACACACUGACUGACUGUCUCUCUCUCUCUCUCUCUCUCUGACACACGCACACUGACGCUGUCUCGCACACACCUGUAUUCUCUCUCAAGCCAUCAUCAAGGAUUUUUCCCCUCUCUGCCUCACUUUUUUUUUUUCCUAAGUAAACGCAAAGAUAACUUAUCCAGCGUCUGCUGAACCAGGUAGUUGGGGGUGACGUUUUAAAACAAAACAACAAAGUUUUUAAUUACAGUCAGAUUAAAAAGUCCGGUAACUUUAUCGAAGCCCGUUUUCAACCAGCAGUCCAUCGACCGCGUUCUCGAGAGAGAGAGAGAGAGAGGUUUGCCAAAUAAAAGUACUGAGGUAACUUUUAAAAACUGCAUUCAUUUUAAUUAGUCGCCCCUUCCCCUCCACUCCACAAAUCAACAUUUAAACAGACUUGAUUUGAGCAGUUUUCUGGGUUUUUUAGAUUUUUAUAUGUAGGGCAGGAGGGGGUUCCUGUAGGAUGUCUACAACUCCAGUCUGAAGUUGGCACUGGUCACAAAAAAUGGACAAAGCAUUUGCUGUGCUUUAAAUCAAGGUGCCUAUAUCUCUGUCUCUCUGUCUCUCUGUCUCUCUGUCUCUCUGUCUCUCUGUCUCUCUGUCUCUGUCUCUGUCUCUGUCUCUGUCUCUGUCUCUCUCUCUCUCUCUCUGUCUCUCUCUCUCUCUCUCUCUCUCUCUCUCUCUCUCUCUCUGUCACUUGAAUGCUAAAGCGAGGCUCAUUUUUUUUAAUUCUUUUAUUUUUUUUUAGGAAUUUUAAAACGGUUUGCAUGAAAGUUUGAGAAGUUGCCCUGCCAUAACUUUUUAAAAUAAAUCAACACACACAAGCUUUAUAAAAACAGAUCCACGUCAGACAGGAGACUUUAACAUAGUACAAUUAUACACAGUGACCUGAAGAGGAGGAAUAUAAAAUCACAGUAUAUUACAGCAAUAGGCCGGGACUCUGUGUGUUUUUAGUUCUCCGCCACGUUGGGACACCAUGUGUGGGUCGUGUUCCUGUAGAAAUCAGAUCAAGUCCAGUAACAGCAGGAGCGCUGCUCCGAACCAGCGCAGAGGGCUGAAUCCACCACAGGCAGCUGACAAAUAGGGGCUACGCUUGGGGGGGCUUACUUUCGUUCAUUCAGUCUCGUUCUUUCGUUCUUUGCUGAGCUGCAAAUACUAAUACCUUCUUGCCUUGUUUUUUAUAAUAAAAAAAAAAAAAGAUUUUAGACAAACGGAAUAAAUAAAUUGAAGUACAUUUAAACAAAAUAUAUCUAUAUAUAUUGAAAUGAGAUGCAACCUGGAUAAAUAGUAAAUAAAUGAGAAUUCAGGGAGGGGCGGGGUGUGGGGGGGGGGGCUGAUAUUUUAAGAAAAAGAGAAUUGAUUUUACACACACACACACGUGAAUUGUAUCUAAUAUAACUGAUUGCUGCCUUAUCAACUCAGAGGGUUUCUAUACAGCGUGUUAUUUUUUAGUGUUUUAUCAUCUUUCUGAUAAUUGUCCUAUUAUUAUUGUUGUUAUUAUUAUUAUUAUUGUUGUUGUUCUUGGGGAUCGCCCCCUCUCUCAUGGUGUUUAUUUUUCCUCUGUUGCUCCCUAGAUCUCUCUGAUUCAUAGCCGUCCCCCCCCCUCGUUGAUUGUAUUAUUAAUUGUAGUAAUUGUAUUUUUUUUUUAAUGGAUUUUCUCUUCUCCUAUUUUUAUAUAUAUAUAAAUAUUUCCUCUUUUCUUUCUUUCUGGGUAUAUUCAUUUUUUUUUUUUUUUUUAAAACAUCACAAUAAUAGUAAUAAUGUGGGGGGGGGAGAGAAAUGAAACAAACAAAAAAACACAAAAUUCUUCAUAAAAUGUAAUACUUUUGAAAAAAAACAAACAAACCUGAUCUUGUAAUUGUACCAGCCCUGCGCUCUUGUUAAUAGGUGUAAUAUAACAUUUAUAAAUGAUGAGAGGUGAUGAUAAUGAUUUUAUUAUUAUUAUUAUUAUUAUGAUGUAACAUUGAAUUUUUUUUUUUUUUUUUCUGUUUUUAUUAUUUUGCCUUGUGAUUUUUAAACUGUAUUUUUGGGUUCAUUAAAAGUGGUUGGAAGCCGU